GUCGGAAGAACGGGAAAGACUCAAGAGUCAAUUAACUGAUCUUCAAAACGCUGCAACCAACGAACGAGCCGCAAACGAGAAAGCCGAUAAGCUUGCUGAAGAAGUUGAGCGGCUUCGAGGAAUGAUAAACAAUAGAGAUACAACAAUAAUUAAGUCUGGUGAGGAUCUCGAUGCAGCCCGAGAAGAACUGAGAGCACAGGCUCUCAUUUUGCAGGGCAAGGAGGAACAGAUUCAGAAUGAAAAUGAGCAGCACCGGAAAGCUAUUGAACUGAAUGUUCAACAACACAAACAGGCAACUUUUCAGAUUGUGUCCACGAUAACAAAAGAGUUCGAAGAUAAACACCGCGAUACUGAGAAGAGACUCCAAGAAGCCGUCACGGCCCGCGCGGAACUCGAACACGAACUGGCCGAGUUGCGGCAGCAAGUAGAUAAUUCGAGUCAGGUGGAUAUUGACGAAGGCCUCAACAAAAUCCGAGGCGAACUCGUUGAGCUAAUCACUUCAAUGAACGGGUUGACAAGAGGCCUACAAGAGUCUGAAAUCGAGCGGGAGGCUUUGCAAACAAGUCUGGACAAGUGGUCACACGACAGAAACGAGGUUGGCCAAAUGAGAAAUCUCCUGGGACGAUUAGCAAAAGAUCAGCCCAAUGCGAUUAAAAUGAGCGAGCAGCUAAGGGAGUUGUUGGAGAUACAGAAAAAGUUAUCAGGCACUCUCGAGUACCACCAAGCGGGACUAGCUAACGCUGGAAUUGCGGUUGGCUCUAGCGAAAGUCAGCGAACCGGGGAGACGUUCAUCCAUUCAGUAAACGACUCCACGGUGGUGAGCGGCUUGCAGAACGGUGUUGUUAAUGCACAGGAGGAGUUACAAAAUCUCAAGCGAAAGGUCGUUGUAAAAUCCCCAGCUAACGACAACGAUCUCGCAUCCCCAAUGUCGGUCGAAGAAGAAAGGAGCACUAGGCGACACCUACAGCCCGUACGAGGAAUCAUGAAAAUAGCUACUCGUGGUCCUUCCACAGAACAGGAAGUGGAAGGGAAUGCACCGACCGUAGAUUCCCAGAGACCAAUGGCACCUCAGCCGGCCAACCGGAGAAUAGCAAAGAGAGGUUCGAAAUCCCUUCUCACUACUCAUAGCCUAUACAACAGGCCUGUCGCAGGAUCAAUUUCGGGAGUGAGCACCAGACAGGUUGGUGCAAGCCAAUCUGAUUAUAAGGGGUCCAGAGAUGACGAUACGGAUAACAUUACACCUGGCGCAGACGACUCUGGGGAAAUUGUCGAAGUGGGCGGCAACAUCGACGAACCUCCUCUGAAACGACAGCGAAUUAAUGGAACUCUUGUCGCCCAAAAAGUCAAGGUAUCCCACUCCAUGUCUACCCAGUUCUCGGCUAAGUCGGACAACUCAAAACCUGCUGAGGAAAUAUCGUCGAGGCCGAAGACACCGUCAUUACGAGGAAGACCCCUUGAAAGAAGACCGUCUGGCCUGUUAACUUAUGGUUCGCAGGGUGUCGGAAUGAAACGACCACAAAGUAAACCGUCUGAUGCUUCUAACGCGAUGAACUCAACAGACAGCCAAUCGACCAUAGCUUCAUCGCAAACGAUGAAGUCGUCAGACAGCCAAGGUUGAGCGAAGUGGUACAACACCUCUGUUUCGUGAGACCAAGACCGUGACACAUGAAUUCUUUCUUCCUAAUGACGGAGCCUCUCAACGAUGCUAAAACGCGGUUAUUUUUAGCUUUGCUUCAAUCAGCCCAGUUAAUUCGCUUCUACUUGCUUCGAUGGUGGAUAAUUCACGGUGAGAAAAUCUAACGAUGCGCCUUGUCGAAGGACCCUGUCAAAUCCAUGCUUGCACAUGUUUGAGACG